GCGCCGCCUCCGAGCGCCGGGCCUGCGGACGCGGCGGCGUGCGCACCAUGAGCCGCAUCUACCACGACAGCGCCCUCCGGAACAAGGCGGUGCGGAGCGCGCGGCUGCCGGGCGCCUGGGACCCCGCCGCACACCAGGGCGGCAAUGGCGUCCUGCUGGAGGGAGAACUGGUGGACCUAUCUCGGCACAGCAUCUUGGAUGCCCACGGCAGGAAGGAGCGCUACUACGUGCUGUACAUCCGGCCCAGUCGCAUCCAUCGCCGGAAGUUCGACCCCAAGGGAAAUGAAAUCGAGCCUAAUUUCAGUGCCACCAGGAAGGUGAACACGGGCUUCCUCAUGUCAUCCUACAGGGUGGAAGCCGCGGGGGACACGGACAGACUCACGCCCGAGGCGCUCAAGAGCCUGGUACAAAAGCCGGAGCUGCUCGCGCUGACAGAGAGCCUCACCCCCGAUCAGACAGUGGCGUUCUGGAUGCCUGAGUCAGACAUGGAGGCAAUGGAGCUGGAGCUGGGGCUCGGGGUGCGGCUGAAAACUUGAGGCGACGGCCCCUUCCUGGAGUCAUUAGCCAAACUUGAGGCUGGAACGGUGACCAAGUGUAAUUUCGCUGGUGAUGGAAAGACGGGGGCAUCCUGGACGGACAACAUCAUGGCCCAGAAGUCUGCGGAGGGGGCCACAGAGGAGAUCCGAAUGCAGGGGGAUGGCGCAGGGGACGACGAGUGGGAUGACUGAAGUCGCCCCUGGGUCCCACCAGCACUGCUGAGAAUUUUGUCCAUCACUGUCUACCCUGGAGCUCGCCUUACCUGGUUCUUCCCUCCGGCCGCCACGGAACACCCUUUAAAUAAGCGCUGCUGAAACCAAACCAAGACCAAGCCAGGAGCAGUGGGGGCCCCCAUGCCCAUCUCUAGAUAUUUUCAUGGUGGCCCUUGCCCUGAGUGGCAGCCUCGUUUCUAGAGGCAGGCAGUGGAUGGGUCCCCCCAGGGCCGCCGGCAGAACUGAACUUGGUCUUGGCGUGGACGUGGGGACUGUCCCUCAUCUGCAUACAAAGUGGCUCGGGUGUUCCUUCUUCUGUCCUUGUAUGUCUUGCCUUCCUUCUACACCUGCCCUCUUUCCCCAGGGCCCAGUGGUGUAGCCUCUGCUCCUGAGUUCAAACCUCCUUUCCCCUGUGUGCCUUUUUCUUCCCCUAUAGCUGCCCAUUCUUCGUCCCCACUCUGCUUCUCUGCCACACUGGGGGCUCCCAUCUCCUGGCCUCCUUGGCUGCUUUCCUGCGGAUGCUGUUCUCAGGGAGGCCUGGUGUAGUCACAGGUGUGGCUGGCUGAUCCCCACCUUUCAGACCCACUCUGCCAGGCCACAUUUUGAGCCCACCUUGGCCGUUUUCGUACUUUGAGAACUUUUUAUGAAUGAGUAAAUUUCCAGAAAAGGA